AUGCUGACUGGACUUCCUUGUUGUCAUACAAUGUCUUGCGUGAAAGAUCAACAUUUGAAGAUUGAUUACUUUGUACCCGACUGUUACAAGAAAGAACAUUAUGCUGCUUGCUAUGCACAUGUGAUAUAUCCACUUAAUAGGGAAGCCUUGUGGGCAAAUACUAGUGUUGUUGAUCUUCAGCCACCACCAAUAAAGAGGAAGCCUGUAAGGCCAAAGAAAAAAAGGAAUAGGGAAGCUGGAUAG